AUGGAAGAAAAUUCGAACGAUUCCAGGACUCCGUUGCUGCAAUUGUCUGAUGAAAAGAAGUCGUCAAAGCUAAUCAGUUUUAUUCGUGUAAUAUUUAAAUGUACAACAUGUUUCGAAAAAUUGUUAUUCUUUCUCGGAAUAAUAUUCUCUCUACUUACUGGUCUCUGCCAACCAUUCAUGAGUUACACGUUUGGAGAGGUUUCACAAGUACUGGUAACAAUCACUAAUGCUAUUAAUAAUAAGACAAUGGAUCCCGCAAAUCUUGAAAAAGCGUACGAAGUGUUCGAACAUGACAUGAAUUCAGUAAUUCUUCAUUUCUUCCUCUGUGGUUGUGCGUAUUUUACAUUUGGAUCUCUUCAGUUCUCUAUAAUGAAAUUUGUCGGAGACAACACCACAUAUCGUGUUCGAAAACAAUACAUAUCUCGUCUUCUGAGGAAAGAUGCCCAGUACUUCGAUAGUAUGUCUACCGGACAUUUGUCAACUGUUCUAAACGACAAUUUGGAAAGGUUUCGAGAAGUGUUCAAUGAGAAAAUUGCAUUGAUAAUCGCCUUCGUAACUGAUUUCACUGUUGGAACUGCGCUUGCCUUCUAUACGGAUUGGCGACUGGCAUCUUAUGGUAUAAUUUUUUCGCUUGGAAUUGCGUUCUCUGGUUUGAUUAAUUCUGCAAGCAUGAUGAAGACGACUGAUAAGCAGAAUACUCAUUACGCUAAUGCUGGUUCGAUAGCUUUUCAAACAUUGGGAGCUUACAAAACAGUUUGUUCCUUGAAUGGACAACGUCAAGAGCUUGAACGCUACACCAAAGAGCUUGAAGCUGGAGAGAAGUAUGGAUUCCAACGUGCAUUGGCGUAUUCAAUCUCGAGAGGUGUCACCUAUUUCUUUUGCAACGCUUUGAACACAGUCGUCCUGUAUUUCGGUGCCAACAUGAUCUAUGAUGGUACCCUUCAAACUGCUACUGUCGUUAGACUCUUCCACUUCUUACUUUUCGGUGCAUUCUGUCUCAGUGAAGCACUUCCCCACAUCUCCCGUUUGGCUGCAGCUAUAUCUUCAACUGCACCCAUUGCUGAAAUGUUGACCUCAAACGACAAUGAAAUUGAAAAAGAUGAGGAAAAUGAAGAAGAUGCUAGUGACGUUCAAGGAAACAUUUCAUUCCAAGAUGUCCGAUUCUCUUAUCCAACCCGUCCGGAUGCUCAAGUCUUGAAAGGAAUCACGUUUGAUGUUAAGAACGGAGAAUGCAUUGCACUUGUAGGUGCCAGUGGAAGUGGAAAAAGUACUGUAGUUCAACUACUUCUUCAUUAUUACAACAUCGAUUCUGGAAACAUUUUGAUUGAUGGAGUUGAGUUGAACAGAAUGAAUCUGAAGAAACUUCGUCGAGUCAUUGGAGUGGUUUCCCAAGAACCUGUGCUUUUCAAUACUACAAUCGAAGAAAACAUUCGAUUCGGCAACCCAGAUGCCAGUUUGCCGGAAAUUUAUGGAGCACUAAGAAAAGCAAACGCUUAUGAUUUUGUAUGUGCUUUCCCAAAAGGUAUCAAGACGAUUGUUGGAGAAAGAGGAACCCAGUUGUCCGGUGGUCAAAAGCAGAGAAUCGCAAUCGCCAGAACGUUGGUACGGAAUCCCAAGAUUCUGCUUCUUGACGAAGCAACUAGUGCAUUAGACAACGAAAGUGAGCACGUUGUGCAAAAAGCUUUGGAGAACGCAUCUCAAGGCAGGACGACAAUUGUUGUUGCUCAUCGUCUCUCAACUAUUCGAAAUGCCAGUAAAAUUAUUGUAAUGCAAAAAGGAGAGAUUGUGGAAGUAGGAAACCAUGACGAACUCAUUGCCAAACAAAGCGUUUACAAUGAUCUUGUACAAGCUCAACUUUUGGAUUCUAGUGAUGAUCACAAUGACCUCCCACCACUUGCUGCACGACAGUUGUCUCAUGAAUUAUCUCCACUGCACAGUUAUUCCUUCCAAAGAAGUACCAGCACAGAUGCAGGAGUUCACGAUGAUGAUAUGGAACGCUUGUUGGAUGAACUCACUCAAGAAGGUGCCAAGAAGUCGAACCUACGAGAGAUUGUGAAAAUGUGUCGACCAGAUUAUUGCAUUUUGUUUGUUGCGGUGUUUGGAAGUGCCAUCCAAGGAAUAAGUUAUCCCAUUUUGGCUCAAUUGAUUGUUCGUACUUAUCAAGGCUAUGCCAUGCAAGGAGAAGAUAUUCUCACGUAUGGCCACUUUUGGGCUCUUUCCUUCAUGUUUCUCGCUGUCUUCCGACCAUUGACGUUGUACUUCCAGUACUAUUACUUUGGAAAAGUGGCUGAGAAACUGUCAACCCGUCUUCGAGUCAAGUCAUUCAAGCAUAUGCUUUCUCUACCAUGUGCAUUUUACGACGAUCCAAAACAUUCUCCUACAAAAUUGUCUAAUAGGUUGAAUACCGACUCUUCAAAUGUAAAAGCAGCAGUGGAUGACCGUUUGGGAUGCGUUAUAAUGACAUUGGUUGCUAUUUCGAUUGCUGUGGUUACCGCUUCUCUUUACUGUUGGAAAAUGACAUUGGAGGUGCUGCUAUUCUUCCCUUUGCUCUACCUUGCUGAGUAUUGUUAUGAAGCUGCCACUGAAAACGCAAUUCAAGAAGAUACAAUCGCUUUUGAGAAUAGUAACAGAACAGCCAUAGAAGCACUGGAAAAUGUAAGGACCGUACGUGCUCUCAAUUUGGAAGACAAAAUAAUGACUUUGAUAACCAAUCACCUACAAAAGAUCCGCAACUCAUUUUUCAAGAGAGCUAUUAUUCAGGGUGCUGCGAAUGGUUUAUCGAUGAGCUGUUUCUUGUUUGUCUACUCAAUUUCCUUCAAAUUUGGAACCUAUUUGGCUCUGAAGAAAGAAGUUCAACCUAUGGAUACAUAUUUGGUAUUGAUGACUCUGUCCAUGACUGCUAACAUGGCUGGAUCAGCCGCUGCAUACUUGCCUGACUACAAAAAAGCAGUCCAUGCCGCUGGAUUGAUAUUCAACUUGUUCACUUAUCCGGCUACUAUGCCAUAUGAUUCUACAGAUGGAAAAAAGAACAUUGAUAAGGGAGAGAUUGUUGGUGAAAACCUUCAAUUCCAUUAUGACCAGCGACCGGACCGAAUGAUACUGAAUGGAGUCAACUUGAAAGUGGAACCUGGAAAAACAUUGGCUCUUGUUGGACCCAGUGGUUGCGGUAAAUCUACUAUAAUCUCUCUCCUUGAAAGAUUCUAUCAUGCGGUUGACGGUGAAAUUAAAGUUGAUGGUGAGAAUGUGGAAGACAUCAACCUGCAUCAUCUCCGUGCCAAUCUAGCUUUGGUGUCCCAAGAACCAACUCUUUUCAAUUCUUCGAUCAGAGAGAACUUGUUGUAUGGUUUGACCAGAUCAGUACCACAAUUGGAAAUAGAGAAAGCUCUUCAAACUGCGAACGCUUUCCAUUUCGUGUAUCAGUUCCCACAGGGUUUGGAAACAAUAGUCGGUAAACGAGGAGCACAACUAUCCGGUGGUCAAAAGCAGAGAAUAGCAAUUGCUCGAGCUAUCCUUCGAAAUCCAAAAGUAUUGCUGUUGGAUGAAGCGACAAGUGCACUGGACAGUGAUAGCGAAAAAGUGGUACAGAAUGCGUUGGACACUGCCAGUGAACGACUGUCAACUGUUAUUGUGGCGCAUCGCUUGUCUACUGUAGUCAAUGCUGACUCGAUAGCAGUUCUGAAAAACGGAAAAGUUGCUGAGCAGGGAACACAUGAAGAGUUGCUGAAAUUAAGAAGUAUAUAUUGGCGCUUGGUACAGAAACAAGGAAUACAAGCACAACAGCCAACUGACUAA